AUGACUUUGAAAGACGAACAACUAAAUGAAUCCGGUCUAUACGUAGGCUAUAGUUUAGAGACUGUGUUUUGGAAGGUAACGGAUGCCUUACGGCUCACCCAGAUGAACAUGAGUUUGGCUGCACUCAUUUUCUGCGUUCCAGACCAGACAAACUUGAUCUCCUAUAGAAUGCAUUCGGGACGAUUAGCAAGUGGCUCAAGAGAGAGAAGCAAGACCACAAACAUCGCCAACAGUCAAGAGAUAGUCAUAGAACAUCACCGUCAUCGCAGCUCCACAAGUAUACCGUGA